AUGUUGAAAGCAGUAAUCCUCAUUGGUGGUCCCGAAAAGGGAACCCGUUUUCGUCCACUCUCGCUAGAUACACCGAAACCACUGUUUCCGGUUGCUGGGAAGCCCAUCAUACAGCACCACGUAGAAUCGUGCGUUCGCAUCAAGGAGCUGAAGGAAAUCCUGAUCCUCGGUUUCUAUCCAGCCACCCAGAUGCAACAGUUUGUAAGCAACAUGCAGAAUCUGUACGACGUAAACAUUCGCUAUCUGCAGGAAUUUACGGCACUCGGUACGGCCGGUGGAAUGUACCACUUUCGGGAUCAGAUCCGUUCGGGUAAUCCGAGUGCGUUCUUCGUGCUGAAUGGAGACGUUUGUGCGGAUUUCCCCCUGCAGGAGCUGUACGAUUUUCAUCGCAGCAAGAAGGACAAAGUGCUCGUUUCAAUCAUGGGUACGGAAGCAACGCGUCAGCAGGCCGUACACUACGGUUGCUUGGUACUGGGUAAAGACGAGGAAGUCACGCACUACGUGGAGAAACCACGGUCCUAUCUGUCGACGCUAAUAAACUGCGGUGUGUACGUGUGUUCGAUGGACAUUUUCUCCAAGAUGGGAGCGGUGUUUCACUCGAAGCAACAAGAUUACAGCAUGUGCAAUAAUGGCAACGGUAAAGAUAGUGGGCACAUUCGGUGGGAACAGGAGAUUCUUACACCGUUGGCCGGCACGGGCAAACUGUACGCGUUGCCAGUGAAGAACUGGUGGUCGCAGAUCAAAACGGCCGGUUCGGCCAUCUAUGCUAACCGCCACUACCUCGUACUAUACAAGAAGGCACACCCAGAUCGUUUGGCAAACGUUGGUGCGAAGACGGAGAACGGUAACGCAAAUCUGGUUUGCAAUAUUAUACCGGAUGUACACAUUCACCCGACGGCUUCGGUACAUCCUACGGCAACGCUCGGUCCUAAUGUGUCAAUUGGCCCGGGAGUAGUAAUUGGGCCCGGUGUUCGUGUCCGUGAAUCAAUCGUCCUGGAGAAUGCGGUCAUCAAAGAUCAUUCGCUAGUACUGCAUAGUAUUGUGGGUCGCGGUUCUCAGAUAGGCAUGUGGGCACGAGUGGAGGGCACUCCGAGUGAUCCCGAUCCGAACAAACCGUUUGCUAAAAUGGAGAAUCCACCCCUGUUCAACACGGACGGUCGGCUAAACCCGUCCAUCACGAUACUGGGUUAUGCCGUCAGUGUGCCUUCGGAGAUGAUCGUACUGAAUUCGAUCGUACUGCCGCACAAAGAGCUAAGUCGCAGUUUCAAAAACGAAAUCAUUCUCUAA